AUGAGUUCAGUGCUCGACACAUCCAUGAUCACAUAUGGCGUGGGAACCAUUUGGUUCAAAUCCUCCGAAGGCGAUGCGGAUAUGCGCAUCGUUAAUGCCGUACGUUCAGCUCUCGACGCAGGAUUUCGGAGUAUAGACGCAGCGCAGAUGUACAACACAGAGUUGGAGAUUGGACUUGCCAUUGAGCAAUCUGGAAUACCCCGGUCCGAGAUCUUUUUAGGCACAAAAGCUGCUUCUCUUGACAACGUAGAGGCGUCGCUGGAAGCUAGCCUUUCUAAGCUGAGGACAAGCUACGUUGAUAGCUAUCUCAUCCACUCUCCGUUCUCCGAUGACCAUCUCCCUAGUACAUUGCAGAAAGCUUGGUUAGAAAUGGAGCGCUGCUUCGAACGCGGUCUGACGAGGCGGAUUGGCGUGUCAAACUUUGCAAUUCAACACUUGGAGCGCAUACUUGAGGUAGCUACAAUCAAACCAAGUCUGAAUCAGAUUGAAAUGCAUCCAUAUCUACAGCAGACAGAUCUUCUCGCAUACCUCAAACAGACUGAUAUCGGGGUGCAAGCUUUUGCCUCUUUGACGCCAUUGACAAAGGCUGCUCCUGGACCGGCCGACGAAGUCUGUUCGCGACUGGCUGAGACUUACGGCGUCAGUCAAUCCACGAUAUUGCUCAGAUGGGUAAUGGACCAAAAUAUUCCUGUAGUAACAACGAGCGGCAACAGGGAGAGAAUGAAGAACACCUUGAUGGAGCUGUCGUCAUUUCAACUUCAGCAGGCGGAGCUAGAGGAGAUGAGGCGUGUAUGCAAAACGAAAACAUUUAGAGGCUUCUUUGCGGAAGAUUUCCAAAAGCUUGAGCAAGUCGCAUAG